UUCCCAUCAUAAUUAAUGUCGUCGAUAGUAGACCAGUGGCUGUCAUGGUUGACACCAGCGCAUUACAGUAAGUUUAUUUGGUCACUGACUGACUCUAGAUAAUCCAUCCUUAACAGAGCCAAUGGACCUUCAAACAACAAAAUGUUACUUCUCAGAGGGCGGUCAUCUGUCGAGCGAUUUUUAUGCUCAAUUCUGCGAUCAGCGGCUACAUCAGCUCCAGACCGAUAUAUAUUACUUCAAAAUGGCUUUGGUCAUCAGUGUUCUGAGCACAUUGACUAUAACCUUAUACUACAACAUGAAACAAUACAGCAAGGAUAAUGCGUCUGUAAUUCCUCAACCUCUUUUGCACCCACAGACGCUUCGGCAAGCGAUGGUCAACAUACUCCUGAAUCUAAGAAUAAGUGUCUCAGAGGCAAUAAAGUUUGGAUAUCACGAUAACCAAGAUAGAUAUUACAACGACGCCAUCAUAGAUCAAUACUACGAGGACGAUUCAUAUCAACUUCAAUACUGUAUGGACGAGGUUUCUGGUGAAUUGGUCAAAUUUCAGCCAGAAACUUUAUCGUCUACUACCGACCACCUAUUUGAUUCGCCUGAGAUUCAUACCAGUGCUACUGCGUCGGAUGACUUAAGAAUUAUUGUGGAAAAGGCAGAAUCAGAUAAUCUUCAUGCCUACAUUUUCGACCGGGAAAGUUUGAAAACAGACACUAUGGCCCUUACCACCAAGUACUUACUAAAAGAGCCUGUUGACAUUGACCAAUAUUUGACAGUGUGUUACGGUCCAUUUGAUUAUCAAGAGGAAGAUGCAGAUGAAAACGCAGAAAUCGAUUACUCAGAGCUGAAACCCAAUUUUGAUGUCCUUACUUUAGAUUACUAUCUCACAGACAAAGAACCUAAUAAGUUUGAAGAUAUCAAUAUUCUUAGAAAGCUCAUGUCUUUAGAAGAUGUCGGCGAGUCCAUUCAUCCAACCAUUGUUGCCCAUACUCCGUUCAUCUGCUAUCUUAUUCAGACUACGCCCAAUCCUCAUUUCAAGCAGUUAAUGUUCAGAUUUGUGAAGGACCUUAUCACUUAUGAAACCGACAACUCUUUAGACCUUGAACACUUUGCACUGCUUAUAAAUUGCAUUUUUGGGGCCACAAGAUCAGCAUCGGAGAAUCAAACCUAUAGCUGCGGCGUACAAACAUUGUAUGCGACGCUGGGGGCCGUGGCAAUGGAGGAUUUUAUUGAGGGAUUUGAUUUUUGGUUUGUUAAGGAGACCCCAGAUUACGAGGUGGAGCUAGAACUGCUAAAGUUGGUUUUGCUUAAAAACUUGCAAGCACUAAGCUGCGACUUGUAUUUAUUUGAUGCAGUCUCUGAAAAGAUCAAACCAUUGCUUUCGCGGCUUCCAGAAAGCUGGAAAGUUUCCGAAAUGAGACUUGUGUGGGAUAUGAUUUGCUGCCACGUGGGUAAUGAAAACAGUCUUUAUGGACAGACUUUGCCUGGAAAACCUGCAGAGAAUAAGCGCAAAUGCUCUGUAGCCCUGGAUCCCAUCCCAAGUCCUACCAAAAAGUUUAAAGGACUGAGAAGCUCAAAUCGGAAUGACUUUGCAUACGCGUAAUUUUAAUAGCAUAAAAAACUAUUAUAUUAA